AUGGAAAGAGCAUCAUUCUUCCUGGACGGAUUGGAGCAUCUGCCAGCUAAAGAAUUCCUAUCUGAAGUGGAUGGAACGGGUAGCAUCGUUGCUUAUACCACAUUUUAUGAGAGUGCUACUGACAUUGUCCAUACAAAGGAGAAUUACGAUGUUGUGCUAGCUUAUCUUCAAGAACGAGGUGAUCUUGUUAUUGGACAGGAUCGUCACGGUGAACAAAUCCUAAAAUUCAGAACUAUGAUUACUCCAUCUGGUCUUCAAUAA